CUCAACGACACCUUGCGCAGCCACAUCCCAAUACCAGUACGUCAAAGCCUCCAUACACAAUAUACCCGACUGCGUGAUAUUACACUACAAACAAACCUUGAUUCGAACAAAUAGUACAUCGGUGUAUAAUGGCCGGAGAUCCGCGAGCUCUUCUUCGCCAGGCAGAGAAGACGCUGCAGAGUGCCUCAGGAGGCUUCAGUUUCUUCGGUGGCCGCACAGAAAAGUAUGAACAGGCUGCCGAACAGUUCAUCGCGGCUGCAAAUGCGUUCCGCAUGCAGAAACAAGGAAAGGAGGCCGGUCAAGCCUUCGAACGAGCAGCCGCCAUCCAAGCAGACCAACUAAAGGAACCCGAUGAUCAAGCAAACACAUUGGUCGAGGCUUUCAAGGCCUACCGGAAAGACGACCCAGAAGCUGCGGCACGAUGCCUAGAGAAGUCUAUCGCACAUUAUUGCAGCAAAGGAAACUUCCGACGAGCGGCUACACAUAAGCAAAACCUCGCCGAGCUGUACGAGAUUGAACUUGGUGAUGAUGCUCGGGCUGCAGCUGCGUAUGAAGAGGCGGCGGGUUGGUAUGAGAGCGACAACGCCGAAGCACUUGCAAACAAGCUAUGGCUGAAGACGGCGGACCUCAUAGCUUUGGAGGGCAAAGACUAUUACAAAGCUAUCGAACUCUAUGAAAAGGUCGCCAAGUCCAGCAUCAACAACAACUUGAUGCGCUGGUCCGUGAAGGAAUAUCUCCUCAAAGCAGGCAUCUGUCAGCUCUGCACAGGCGACAUGGUCGGCGUUAACAACGCCAUGGAGCGAUACCGAGACAUGGAUCCCAGCUUCACGCAGCAGCGCGAGCACCAAUUGCUCGUUGACCUUGCGCAGGCGGUUCAGGACGGUGACCAGGAGAUGUUUUCCGAUAAGCUGUUCCAGUACGAUCAGUUGAGCAAGUUGGAUAAGUGGAAGACGACGCUGUUGUUGAGGAUUAAGAGUGGGAUUGAGGAGCAGACCGAGGAUUUCUCGUAGUGAAGGAAAGAGUGCGGGUGGGCUUAUCUGGUUACGGGGGCAGUGGCUGUCAGCGGUAUGAUUAUGAUAGAAACCGGUGCCUGGUUGGGGUACGAAGCAGUAAGACUUCAUGCAAGAAGCCAGCCGCACGUUCAACGUGAGGUAGUUGCUCGCGAAGAGGCUUUGACGUCUUCUCCAGCAAGAUAUGGUUCAUCUCGCAGCGCAGUACCCGUUUCCCCUCCGUCUCUUGCCGCUAUAUGAAGCUAAAUGGUAAUGGAAAAGCGUAUGAUCUCGUUUUCCACCCCCCAAUCUACGCCGUCUGGUAUACAGAACCAAUGGUAGCUGACU